UGAAGACCCGUUGACCAGCAGAGGACGAGUAUAUCUACUAACGAUGGCAUCAACCGAAGCUCCAAUUCAUUCCUCGAUUUCCUGCCAGCUUCAAAAGCCUUCCAACAACCUCAGUAAUCAUGCAAUUCGAGCCGCCGACCAAGCAAGCCGAUGUGACGGUCAACAUUGCAGAUGGUGACAACAGCACCCAGGGUGUCGACUCGAAUGGAAUCAUCACUGGCCGCUGGAAAACUGGUCUCUUCGGCUUCACUGACUCCAUCGUCCCUAAUGGCGUCAUGUCAUGCUGCUGUCCUGGUCUCGUGGUAGCUCAGAUUUCUGCCCGUCUUGGUUUGAUGCCAUUCUACCACGUCCUCGGCAUCUUCGGAGGCCUCUAUCUGCUGGCACUCGUCUCGGUGUCUACCCACAGUGGCUUCUUCGACUUCCUCUUCUGGCUGUGCGCAGUCAUCUCGGUUCUCUGUAUGAUGCGGUUGCGCUGGCGUAUCCGCACGCUCUUUAGCAUUCCCGGGUCGCACGCCGAGGACGCAGCUUUCAGCUUCUGCUGCGGCUGCUGCUCGAUCGCGCAGAUGGCCUCGCACGUCGAGUCCUACGAGCCAGGCACCUUCGCUUUUGCUCCGCGCGCCACUCUUCCGGGCUACUCGUUCAGCUAAAAUAAAGGAGACUAGGUCGCAGUAGUUGCGACGCCAAGACUACAGCUUGAAUUCCACGAUAAAUGAAUAAAAUCGACACUUUGUAUUCACUUAGAAUCUAUC